AUGCCCAAAUUCAAGUUGAUUGGCAGAAGACUUUCUGCAAUCGUCAAGCCGAGGUUGGAACAAGGCUCAACUGUAGUCAUCAUUCCAGCCAAAGCUCCUACAGAGUCCUCCUUUAUCAAUGCAGUAUCAUCACAACCACCAAACGCAGAUCUUUGCUAUACCGCACAUUUUAAUGCUCUAGAGCCAUCUCAACAACCUUUAUAUACGGUUGAACGGCUUUCAAUACCAGUCAGCCGAGAAUUUGUUCGAGGAUUUUUGCAUCUCCCACCUAGCUACUCUGCACAAAACGCUGAAAGAGUGGCAGCAGCAGCAAUUCUCUGCUCUGGCGCUGGUGGUGGAGUAGCAGGACCAUGCGGCUCCUACAUUACAAUUGGCGACAAACUCGCCACUCUUAAUCAUGGUGUCCCAGUCCUCAGAGUGGACUACAGAUAUCCCGCAGACACGAAGCCAUGCUCUGAAGACGUGGUUGCGGCAAUGGACUACCUAGAGAAUACAUAUUCGAUCAGCAAGUUUGUCCUAGUUGGGUGGUCUUUUGGAGGAGCACCAGUCUUCACAGUGGCAGCGAAUGAGAAAGAACGGGUUAUUGCAUGCGCUACUAUUGCUAGUCAGACAAGAGCUGCAGGGGGGAUUCGACAACUAUCGCCUCGUCCGGUACUUCUCUUACAUGGGACAGACGAUACAACGCUCAGUCCACAAUGUUCCCGAAGCUUGUACAAUGCAUAUGGUGCCCAGGGAGACCGGACGUUGAAGUUGUUUCCAGGAGAUGAUCAUUCAUUGAGAGCAAGUUCUCAUGAAGCUGAGGCACUGCUUUGUAGAUUCAUCGCCAGAUGCAUUGGAAUUGAAGUUGAUGAGGAGCAACGGCAGCUGCUCGACAAGAGCUUGAUCGACGACGAGGAAAAAGUCGGAUUAAUGAAGAAGGGAGGAGAUCUUGACGGGCAGGAAUGUGUGUUUUGA